UCAAAGAACUACCUCCCAAAACCCUAAUCUCUUUCUCUCUCAAUCUCGUCUACCUCUCUCUCCAAAGGCUUAGGCCAUUCUUGCUGUUCUUCCCCAUAUUCUUCUUCCAAACCCUAAUUUCUAUUCUCAAUCCCUAAAUCUCUUUCUAUCUUUCCGAUUACGUCAAUCUUUAGAAACCCUAAUCAGCGGGUUUCUAACAGACAUGCUAUUUGCUUUUCAAUUCCUUGAUAUGGACGAUAGGAAUAAAGUCUGUUACGAAGGACCCUGAUACUAUGAGAAUUCACUUAUUCUGUUCAAGGCAAGCACAACUAUCCAAAAGCCAAAGCCUGAGGACCUACAUAUGAUUGAUUUAUGGAUUAGAGUUGAAGGUUUACCAGUAGAAUUAAGAACACAAAAGAUGGCAGAGAAGAUUGCUACAAGAUUUGGGGGCUUGAUUGGUUUGAUAAUGGAGCUGGAACGAUGUGGGAUGAUUAUAUGCGCUUGAGGGUGUAUCUCUUGAUAAAUAACCCCCUCAAGAAAAAGAUUAAACUGAACAUAUCGGGGAAUUUAGUGGAAUAUCCAAUAAAGUACGAGAAGCUGCCCAUGUUUUGCUACUCAUGUGGGCGAAUUGGGCAUCCCAAAUUGAAAUACAAGAUGGAGCCGAAGCCUGAAGUGGAUCCUUUUGGAUACGAGCUAAGGGUGGCAGCCCCUGGACCCAAAAAUUGGCUAUCCUACACGGCUAAGAAGGGAGAUGCUGAAGUUUGGGCUGCCUUGAGGCAGAAGUUUGAAAUGGAGAGCAUUGGCUCUAAUUCAAAUCACGAUAUGGCUCUGGAAUAUGAGUAAACCCUUUAGCCACCAUUCUGGCUUUAUGUCAUUCCAAUGAACUAUCAACAUUAAACUUUGAUGCAUACAUCCAUAUGUUGCCUAUAAUUUUCUUAUUUGGUAGUCUAGGCACAAUGUCCCAAGUCCGGUUAGCUUUAUGUGCUUCCAAUUCUAAAUCCAUAGCCCUUAUCCAGCGUUUAUUUUUAACUGCUUCUUCAAAUGAGUUGGGAAUGCUUGCAGAAUCAAUGGCCAUAACAUACUUUCUAUAUCCUGGAGAUAGUUGAUCAUAUGACACGCAAGCAACCAUCAGAUAUAUUGGUUUAACCUUAGUGGUUCCUAGGUGCAUAACAUAAUCAUCAUCCUUUACUGGUUUAACAAGAUUCCUAGAUGGUUUUCUGAGUGCAAUUGGUAAAGAAGUAGAUUGUGGUGAGGGAGGUACUAGAAUAGAAUGUAUGCAGUUUU